UGUAGCGCUAUCUCAUUCUACAAGCAGCCGUCAAAUGUAGUUGUUGCGUAUUGGUCUCCUGUUUUAGUGCAGCUUUAGUUUUUCUUCGAUUUUAGUUUUCUGGUGGUUGAAAUAUGGCCAAUUUUCACAAGGUGGAAGUCAACAGGACCGUUUGGGAGGUCCCCCAAAGAUACCAAAUGCUUUCGGCCGUUGGUUGCGGAGCAUACGGACAAGUUUGUUCAGCGUUGGAUUCUGUGACGAAGCAGCGGGUGGCUAUAAAGAAGUUGGCGCGGCCGUUCCAGUCGGCGGUCCACGCAAAACGUACCUACAGAGAAUUGAAGUUGCUCAAACACAUGAGACAUGAAAACGUGAUAGGUUUACUCGACGUAUUUUACCCGCAGCACGAUAACACACAGAUGUAUCUAGUCACACACUUGAUGGGAGCGGAUCUCAAUAACAUAAUUCGAACACAAAAACUCACAGACGACCACGUACAAUUCCUAGUAUAUCAAAUACUUCGAGGGUUGAAAUACAUACACUCAGCAGGAAUAAUACAUAGGGAUUUAAAACCAUCAAACAUCGCCGUGAACGAAGACUGUGAAUUGAAAAUAUUGGAUUUCGGUUUGGCAAGACCGACAGAGACCGAGAUGACCGGUUACGUGGCCACCAGAUGGUACAGGGCGCCGGAAAUCAUGCUCAAUUGGAUGCACUACAAUCAAACAGUCGACAUUUGGUCAGUGGGCUGCAUUAUGGCCGAACUUCUCACUGGACGCACCCUAUUCCCAGGAACUGAUCACAUUCACCAGCUGAAUUUAAUAAUGGAGAUCCUCGGCACGCCUUGCGAGGAGUUCAUGCAAAAAAUCACAUCGGAAAGUGCACGAAGCUACAUUAGAUCGCUCCAGCCGAUCGCUAAGAAGGAUUUGACGCGGUACUUCGUCGGCGCAAAUCCGCAGGCUAUAGAUCUGUUGGCACUGAUGCUCGAAAUUGAUAGCGACAAACGCAUAACGGCCGAACAAGCGUUGGCGCAUCCGUAUCUGACGGCCUAUGCGGAUCCGAACGACGAACCUGUGUCGUCACCCUUCGAUCAAAGCAUCGAGGAUAAAGAUUAUUCCGUUGAAAAAUGGAAAGAAUUAGUGUUAGAAGAAGUGAAUACGUUUGAAUAUCGUCCCAUCCAGAAUGAGGAUAAUUAAGUUUUUCUAUUUUAUUAUGGCCUGUUAAAUAUAAAUAAAUACAUCAAUUUUACUGUAUUAUAGUAGAUGUACAAAAGAAAGAACAACAAAAUGUUUACAAUAAUUUUAUUAUUUCAUCCUUUAUACAUAAAAUAUAAAAACGAAUGCCUAAAAUUCUUAUAUAUGUACAAAAUAUUUUUUUUGUAUUUAUAUAAAUUAGUCUACUUUAAUAGCAGGUUUCACAGCUUUAUUAAUUGAGUAUAUAUCUGUUGAUUCAUUUACUUUUGUGAUGCCCAGUUUAAUAAUUCUUAACCUAACAGGAAUAAAAGUAUUUAAUAAUUUAACUUAAAAUAAAAUACUGUUCAUUACAAAAAUAACAUACAUUUCAUAUAAUACCCUAGUUGUAAAGAACCCUGUUUAUAAACGAAUAUAUACUUAUAUAGACAGGGCUCAUAGAAGUAUCGUUAAUGCUGUUGAAUGAUUAAACAAAAUGAUUUUUUGUAACAUAGAAUAAUCCAUAUAAAUAAAAUGACAUCAAAACCGCUGAGUAGCAUAAAUAAUGA